GCCAUCUCACUCACGACGCCGGAGCGGUUCUUCAUCGUCGUCCAGCUCGUCGUCUUCGUCCUCGUCGUCGGACAGCGACUCGCGCCAUAACAAGUACAAGAAGAAAGCUUCCAAGAAGCACGAGAAGAAAGGACACAGCAUGGAAUACGGGCAACCCCACUAUAAUAACUCGGGCUACGGAGAGCUUGCUGCUCCAUCCUUCCCUCAACUCUCUCCAGGCUUUCCGAGAGAAGAGCAUCUCGGUCAACCGCAAUAUCCCGCUGAGCACCACCAGCAAGACCCGUACGCGGCUGCCCACCCGCAAGGGCCGUACCCCGGCGCUCCUGCAGACUUAUCGAACCCGUUAUCGCCUCACAUCUUUCAACCGCAAGUUCAUCCCAACUUCCCCGGCCCCACGAGUCCCGACGCCCAACGGAACCUGAUGGACUUCGGCUCUCAAGCCCACCUGCCGCCCCCAGCGGCGCCAGCCCAGCCGCCGCCAUCCGGGUACCGCGUUCCUCUCUCUGACACGACGCCCUUUCCCUCGCCCCAAUACACCGGCGAGCCGCCAUGUUUCGAUGCCGACGGUUCGCCCGUCUUCAUCGGCAGCGCGCUCAUGGAGAAGUCCGUGCACCCGUGCAAGAUCGCGCCGCACCUCCAGCCGCACUGCCGCGUCCCGUACGGCGGCGGCGAAUUCGAGCAUCGCGGCCGUUUCGAUCUACUCCCGUUCUCGCCCAACCUGAUGGAGUGGGUCCCGACGCAGGGCGGACAUGUGCCGCCGGGCAGGAGGCCCGUGGAGGGCGGAUACGAGGAGAACGGCGCGAAGCUGUACCAUGCGCUGGGCACCAUCAGCGGCGUCCACGUCCCUGGAAAAACGGGAGAGCACCUCGGAGGAGCGAACAUUGCAUUCGGCGGCGGCGAGCACGUCGUGCGGGAGUACUCCAUCCUAUGCUGGAAGUGAUGCUCCGUUCAAGGGCUAUAUUGAAACUCGGGAGACAGUCAAUCGUGUACUAAUUCCCUCAUAUUCGGGUCAAUGUCUCCGAGUCAAUGUAUCAAGAGUACUUUCAAUCAAUGUGUCUGGAAUUCGUGCCGAAGAGAUAUCUUCUCGACCAUGCACGCCUUUAUACUGAGCAUAGCGAUGUGCGGC